UCGCAAAUACCUUGAAGUUCAUCUGUGAAACACCAUGUUUGCCCGUGCUGUCUUACGUUUAUCGACCCGCGUUCGUGCUGUCCCACACGCCCGCCGAAAUAUUGCUACAGUCGCCGCUCGCAAUACAAGCCCCUGUCUCGCUGCUGGGUUCGCUGCGGGGGUCGCAUGUUUGGGAUCUGCCGGUGCAUUUUCACGCAUACAGUGCGAGGCCCUCCCCGUGUAUGGCAGGCCUGGUACCAACCAGGAGCGCACAUUCUUGGCCGUCAAACCUGACGGUGUCCAGCGCGGACUCAUUGGGGAUAUCAUUGUUCGUUUCGAAAAGCGUGGCUACAAACUUGUCGGCUUGAAGAUGGUUUGGCCUACCGAGGAAAUGGCCGCGGAGCAUUAUGCCGAUUUAAGCAAGAAGCCUUUCUUCAGUGGCCUAGUCAAGUUCUUCAGCUCUGGCCCCAUUGUUUGCAUGUGCUGGGAGGGAAAAGACAUUAUCAAGCAAGGGCGUCAAAUGCUUGGAGAAACUCAGCCUUUGGCGUCCAAACCUGGAAGUAUUCGUGGCGAUUUUUCGAUUGACCUCGGUCGUAACAUUUGCCAUGGUAGCGACUCUCCCGAUAGCGCCGAGCAUGAAUUGAAAAUGUGGUUUCCUGAAGGUGUGAACGAUUGGGGAAAGGCAGUCGAUGCCUCCGUGUAUGAGUAAAACAAUCCGUUUAAAGGCUAGGUUGGUCAAUCGUUGCGUAGUAUUAAGACUGGUCGUUUUACUCU